AUGGUCGUUCGAGUCUUUUUCGACAUCACAAUCGGCAGCGAGGAUGUGGGCCGAAUCGUAUUCGAGCUGUACACGGGUGUUGUGCCGAAGACCGCUGAAAACUUCAGAGCUCUAUGCACUGGUGAAAAGGGUGUUGGACGAGAAGGCAAACCAUUGCACUUUGCCAAUUCAACCUUCCACCGUAUCAUAAAGUCAUUCAUGCUGCAAGGAGGUGAUUUCACUCGUGGAAAUGGAACUGGUGGUGAAUCCAUCUAUGGUGAAAAGUUCGACGACGAAAAUUUCGAAUUGAAGCAUGAAAAGGCUGGGCUCCUAUCUAUGGCAAACUCUGGACCAGGAACCAAUGGCUCCCAAUUCUUCAUCACGACCGUACCGACCCCUCAUUUGGAUGGUAAACACGUCGUGUUUGGACGAGUGAUCAAAGGAAUGGCUGUAGUUCGCAAGAUGGAGAAUACACCCACUGGGGCUAACGACGUACCCGAAAUGCCAGUCGUAAUUGCCAAAUGUGGAGAGCUAGCUGAGGGAGAAGAUGAUGGUGUAUCUAGCAACGCAGGAAUCCCAGACUAUCCUGAAGACUACGAAGGUGACACGUCAGAAUCUGGAAUGCUGUCUGUUGGAUCAACGCUGAAAGCCCUGGGCACUGAAAAGUUCAAGGCGGGGGACUAUAAAGCCGCUUUGAACGAGUAUAUGAAGGCUGUGAGGUAUCUAGAUGUAUUACCGAGUGAAUCUAAACAGGCAUUGUUGGUGCCGUGUUUGUUGAAUGCUGCUCAGGCUGCGUUGAAGGAUUCAAAUUGGAGCGUGGCUACGGAUACGGCUACUCGUGUGGUUGAUAUGCAGGAUGGGAAGGCCACGUUGUCUGAUGACGAUCGUGCCAAGGCAUUGUUUCGACGUGCGACUGCCCUGAAAGAACGAAAAGAUAUGGAGGCGGCUAUUGAUGAUCUUCAAAUGGCUGCAAAGAUAAAACCGGAAGAUGCGCUCAUCAAACGUGAACUGGUUGUUGUCCAGAAGCUCGUAAAAGAUAAAAAGGAUAAGGAGAAAAAGGCGUUUGCUAAAAUGUUUGAGUAG